AGUCAUUCAGUGAUUUGACAUUGAAAGUAACGGAGUGCUGAAGCGCUGGAGAUGCCGCUGUGAGCAGAGUGAAAGCAUGGAUGUUUCGGCUGUGUUUUUCUUUUACAACAUGAUAUUCAAUCCAUGCAUCGAUCAUCUCGACACGUGAACACAUGGUCAUCUCUCAGUGGUCUCUGUCAAUCUCAUCAUCAUGGAGGACCAGUAUGUCACCAUUCAUGGCCUCAACAUCACUCACAGCCCUCUUGGAGCACCAGCCAUGUCUAUCGACAAACUUUUCCCAGCUCUCCUGGAGUGCUUUGGCAUCAUCCUGUGCGGCUAUGUGGCGGGCCGCAGUGACAUCAUCAGCGUGGGACAGGUCAAAGGCCUGGGAAAUUUUGUGUCAUGUUUCGCACUUCCUGCGUUGCUCUUCAAGAACAUGGUGCAGCUGCAGUUUCAGCAUGUCGUCUGGUCUUUUCUAUGGAGCGUUUUGAUCGCAAAAGUGUGUGUGUUCUUACUUGUUUGUGUGCUGACGCUGUUGGUGGCAAAUCCUGAGAACAAAUACAGUAAAGCCGGGCUGUUUGCUAUCUUUGCCACUCAGAGCAAUGACUUUGCACUGGGAUAUCCUAUAGUGGAUGCGUUGUACAAAAGUUCGCACCCAGAGUACAUGCAGUAUAUAUAUCUGGUGGCGCCUGUGUCUCUGAUGCUUUUGAACCCUGUGGGCUUUGCUUUGUGUGAGAUUCAGAGAUGGAGACACACCAGUGACUGCAACUACAGCAAACUGCAUGUGAUCUUUACAGUCAUCCUGCAGGUUUUGAAGAACCCAAUAAUCUUCAUGGUUAUUGUUGGAAUUCUUUCUCAUUUCCUGUUUGGUGGACAGGUGCCUGUUUUACUAGGAGAGUUUGUUGAUGGACUGGCAAACUCUUUUGGAGGGGCAGCCCUCUUUUAUCUGGGCCUGAACAUGGUGGGACAGAUGGGUAAACUCACACGUACCACUGGGGUUUCCCUCAUUCUGCUUAUCACUGCCAAAUUAUUAGUUAUGCCAUUGAUGUGUAAGGACAUGGUGGAGCUGUUGGAUGCUGGUAAUUCCAGCUCUGUAAAUCACUCCAGCCUGUCUGAUUAUGCAUUCCUUUAUGGAGUCUUCCCUACCGCUCCCAGCGUGGCCAUAUAUGCUGCCCAGUACAACAUGGAGCUGGAGGUGGUGACCUCUGGUAUGGUCAUUAGCACAUUCCUAUCAGCACCCAUCAUGUAUGUGUCGGCAUGGUUACUGACCAUUCCAUGGAUGGAGGCCACAUCCCUGGUGACGGAGCUUCAGGACGUCAGCUUUAACGUCAGCAUUAUCAGCCUAAUAGCCCUGGGUUGGACCCUUGCUGUCAUGCUACUGAGUAAGAAGUUCAGGAGGCUGCCGCAUAUGUUUGCCACAAAUCUGUUCUUAGCACAGCUACUAGCAUGCGUGUCAAUGAUCCUGUGGAAGUUUGUUCUGAAGCAGGGGAACGUGAUUGGCCAAAUUCUCACCUUUACUCUACUUUAUGGAUCUCUUUACAGUACCUACAUGUGGACAGGUCUUUUGGCGUUCGCUCUUACUUUAUUGGGCAGAAAUGAAAACUUGAAAGUGAAACCUAUCUUUUUCAUCAUCUUUGGAUGGGGAAUUCCUUUUCUGAUUGUGGGUGGGCUACUCAUGAUUGGACAAAGAAUGAGUGACAACUUGGACUCCGCCUUCUUCUAUGGCAAGGGGCAGAUUGUGUGUACUGUGGUAGUUCUGAGCUGCAGCAUCAUGCUGGUUGGUCUGUCUUUGAUGAGUUUGAGCCGAGGGGCCCGGGAGGAGCAGAACUAUCAAGCUCUAGAUCAGAACUCCAUGACAGGCACAACAGAAGAUGUGAGACAACCCCAGACAGAGAACCAGCACUCAUCUGAGCUAGAGCAAACCUACAGCAGGGUCAACACAGAUGUUUGUGGCAGUGAACCCAUGCCAGAUAUGAUAGUUGGGCAUCUUAAUGACUCACCGGUGCCUUCAGCAGGGAUUUUCCUGAGAGAGGCGUCAAGCUCUUCACGUGUGCAGGAGGAGAGACAGAUAGCUCGACAUGUGCUCCUCUGCCUGCUCCUCGUUGUCAGCAUGCUGGCUAACCUGUCCAGCUGUCUGUGGUGGCUGUUCAAUGCUGAUCCAGGACGACUUUACCUCGAACUGCAGUUCUUUUGUGCUGUAGCCAAUUAUGGACAGGGUUUUGUUUCCUUUGGAAUUUUCGGGUUAGACGAGCAUCUUAUUAUUCUUCCAUUCAAAAAGAGGCUGGCUGCUCUGUGUGGUUUUGGUGAGGAUGAAAGUCCUGAGUCUGCUGCUGUUCCUGAGGAAAUACGACUGACCUGUACACAGUUUGUGAGAUACCACAAAGAUCAGUGCGUUCAGGAUAUUGUUCGCAAUAGAGGGUGCACUCACUGGUAUAUGGGAAUGGUUUGGUAUACUGGCAGUGAGUUUAUUGGCUCCUGUGUGUGGGUGUGGCCAAGACAGAAAGGCGUGGCCUUGCUUUCAGGACACAGUUGCAGAAGAGUGGUGUGUCUUACUCCAUGUGACCCUUAUAUAUGGCUUCCAAUUCCCUGUGAUAUUGCUUCAAAUGUACCUCCACUUUGUAAUGUGACACAAGCCCAAGAAAGAACUAAAUAGACUGAAUUAUGACUGAGCUAUGAAACAAGUUGUUCUCUCAUCAGUAUUUGUUGUACUUCUUGAAUUACUAUGCAUGGCAUGCAGAGAGCACAGAACUCUCCCUUUAUUUCAUUCAAUAGCCCUCAAACUACACACACACACACUUGCUCUGUUCCAAAUCCUAGUGAGCUGCCUAUGGAGGCAGCAUUUUAAGGCAUCAGCAUAGCAUGUAGACUCGGUGGAAAGGCAAUCCCAGAAUACACUGAGACAAUCUUGAGUGAAAAAUAAGUCCAAGAUGGUGGAUGAGGUGAAUUAAAAAUGUUAUUUUGCCAUGUAUUUAUGGGUAUUAUUCUUAUAUAUGCUAAUGUUAAACACUGUUUAAAUCUUGAAAGUUGAGUCUCCUAUGCAGUACCCUGUUUGUAUGGUGCACAGAGUUGUGUUUCUAAAUAGUCGACGAGGACGCUGCUUUAGAAGGUUUUGGGACAGAGCAUGAAUGUGAACUAAAUAUUAUAAUUACAUUAAUUAUGAUGAAAUGGUCGCCGAAACACUGAAAUAUGCUGUCUACACAAGUGCUGUAAAAACACUUCUGACUGGGAUUUUAAUUGUAUGCUUUGUGCUACUUGUCAGCCGUGUCUUAAUGACAAGACUACACGGCCUUGUAGCAAAGCAAUGCAAGACAUGUUUACAAAACUAAAACUAUCCUACACAGUUACGUUUAUAGAGUUAACUAAGCAGAAAUUCAGGACAAUCUCUGGAAUUUAAAAUGGGGUCACUCCAUUUUCAAUCUACAGCAUUACUUUACGUACCUUAAUGUUGACUAAAGUGAAAAUUCUCUUAUUAUGCAUCUUUUAUGUAUGUCAGUUUGUUUUGCUGGUGUUAAUCUAUAUAGGUGAUGGCAUUUAUGUAUAUCCUAAAUUGAAAUCUAGAUAUGUGAAAUGACAGUAGAAAGCAGGAGGGCAGUCACUGGUGAAAAGUUAUUAUUUCUUUGUUGAUGUCAUGAAUUGUUUUAAUUUUAUGUCUAAAAAUAAAGUUUAAAAAUUGUUUAA